AGGGUGUGGUACGAAUCCUUUGUAAUAAAUCAUGUUUUCCUACUAGGUAGCCAUUGCUUCUCACAGGAACAUAUGGGGAUGGUUGCAAGUUCAGAGCUGAGAGUCGUCCGACAAUGCAUAUACAACUAGAACUAAGAGCGUACAGAAGAAAACCAAUUCCACUCAUCUCAUUAGGACCAACAAGUCUCCGUAUUAGAAAGAAAACAUUUCGACUCCUAGCAGAUAGUCUACAAAAUCGGACAUCGGGGGAAAAUAGACAAGUAAGCAGUGUCAGUCCCAAUGUCGCAAUCUCGAUCCCAGUAAUCACUAAUACACCAAAAUGCAAGACACAGAAGCCACUAACCCCCGGCUCGCAACCAACCAAGUGCUUCCCACCUCUUCGCGCACAACGCAGAUAUAGAAGAUAAGGAAGAUCCUAUAUGUCGCUUCCCCCCUUCUCCUAUCCCCAAUUACCUCCGAUCAGCUCAGUUUCCUUGCAGAGCACUCAGCCAACCCCACUGGUGAAGUCACACUGACUUCAGCCCGUCGCACUAGCUCUUGUCCUUCUUUUCCCAUUCCGUCUAGCAAGCUCGCCCGGAUGAUAUGGGCUUUUUAACUUUUUGAUAGUUUCCAUGGAUAUUGCAGAGCUGAACCGCUGUUUCGGCUGAUUAGAUGCCGGUGCUGUGGUACAAGUGGGAGGAG